ACAGACACAAGUAGGAAGAGUCGUCCCUGUAAGUCAAGCUCAUUUCCUUUUACACGACAUCAUGUCUCUUACAGUUUCGAGUGUCUUACCUUGUCUCGUGUGUCUUUUGUGUGUGUUUUUGGUCCCAGCGGAAUCAGACGAGUCGUGCCUUAGCUUUGUGGAUACGUACGGUGUCACACAUGAUGCUGAAAAAUGUAACAAGUACUGCUGUGGCACAUGCAAUCUAAGAUACUGCUGCAAGGAUAAGCCCAAGCAGCUAAAUCAGGAAUCCUGUUCUGGAAGUUUGGCAAGUACAAGCCAAAUUGGUCUGAUUGUGGGAAUCGCCGUAGGGAGUUUAAUUCUUCUGCUGUGUGUGGUUCUCAUAAUCUGCUGUUUGGCUCCUUGCUGCCUUUGCUACAUGAAAUGUCGAAAAAGGCCGACUGAAAGACAGAUAAUUGUGAUAAAUUCCAACACACCUCAGCAGCCGCCCCACCCAGGCUACCAGGCUGUGCCUUCAGGCCCGCCCAUGCCCACAGCUCCACCACCCUCCUACCAAGAAAGUACCAAUCCUACUCACCCAGUGCUGCUCACCGGGGAGCCGAUGUACCCUCUGCAACCUCCAAGCCAGGCUACUGCUCCGCCACCAUAUUCAUCGGACCCUCAGCCAGCACCGUACAACCCUUCUCAUAAUCCAAAUCCUUGAAUGUAUACAGCUUACCAGACUGUUGCUAUGCCACACUACAGCUUUUAAAGACCCAGGGAUGAAUGUAUAAACAAUGCUGUGUAUGCCUAUCCAAAACAAUAUUGUAAACCAUGUUAAGUAUGAUAAGGUAGAUUGGAACUAACUGAGUUUUCUUGUUUAAAAUAUAUUUUUUAGGUAACUUUUUUUUCUCUCUUUUUUUUGGAGGUAUUUGUGGUUGCUACAAAUGGCAGCCCUGCCUAUUGUGUGUACUGACAGCUGCUUUGUGUUGUUCCUGUAUGGCCUUCGGGCGGGUCGUUUGCUCGGAACUUACAGAGCUUCCAUUACUUUUGACCUUCAGUAGAUUUUGUGUGUGUGUGUGUGUGUGUGUGUGUGUGUGUGUGUGUGUGUGUGUGUGUGUGUGUGUGUGUGUGUGUGUGUGUGUGUGUUGUUGCAGUGCUGAGGUCGCCAAAUGUGUGAUAAUAUUAUUUUCUGGAUUAAUAUGCUGGACUGACACUAAGGUAAUCACUUCUAAGUUGGGUGGAACCCCAUGUUUAAAUCUGUCCUUAGCUUUCAUCCAAAUAAAUAAAUAAAAAAGAUUGAACUUAGAAACAAAGUAUGCAAUUUAAAGAUGUUUAGAAAUUAAUGUGUAUACCUUUGUAUGCUUUUGUAUUUAGUUUUCUUGGAAAAAUACAGUGUUUUUGUAUCUGGUCCCUAAUUGAACCUUGGCUCUCAAAGACAUGUCAAAUCUGUGGAUUACGUUGUGUUUACAUGACGAGAGCUCUCAAUCACCAUUCACACAAUUAAAUAAGUGUUCCUAAUUUCUGAA